AAGGGGUGAGUGGCAGAAACAAGAAACAGACCAUCUCUGACAAAAUAGCGGCAGUGGCUGGCGAGGGAGAGCUUGUGCUGCUGCGUCGCGCGCCCAGAAGUACACACACACACACACACACACACACUUCGGAAAACGUCAUUUGAAUAGACUCGACUGGGCACCGACUCUACUUCACGCUGCAAACGAGCAGCCGCACAGGACGUAUGGGAGACAGCACCUAGAUUGUAGGACCGGACAGAUACUCAAGGUUUCGGCCUGGAACGUUGACAGUGCAGCCACGGUCUCCACGGCUGCACCAGGACUGAAUGGUAAAGAGACCCGAGAAACGGGACAGCAAGAACGGCUUGUGAAUGGCUUCUUCUCCUGUCCCAGUCACUCCAGCAUCGAUUGAAGGAGCGACACCGUCGCCCACUGGGAAUGAAGUGCCCACCACCAACACCCGUCAGUCGGACAGCAACACCAGCUUCUURCGAGCGGCAAGGGCGGGGAACAUCGACAAGGUUCUGGAGUACCUAAAGGGGGGAGUGGACAUAGGCACCUGUAAUCAGAAUGGGCUCAACGCKUUGCACCUGGCAGCUAAGGAGGGCCACGUGGAGCUGGUCCAGGAGCUGCUGGAGAGAGGCUCAGCUGUGGACUCGGCCACCAAGAAAGGGAACACAGCCCUCCACAUUGCCUCUCUGGCCGGACAGGCCGAGGUGGUGAAGAUACUGGUGAAGCGCGGAGCAGAAAUCAACUCUCAGUCUCAGAAUGGCUUCACCCCUCUGUACAUGGCUGCUCAGGAGAACCAUAUGGACGUGGUGCGUUACCUACUGGAGAAUGGAGGUAACCAGAGCACCGCUACAGAGGAUGGCUUCACACCACUGGCCAUCGCGCUGCAGCAGGGCCACAACCAGGUGGUGUCCGUCCUGCUGGAGAACGACACCAAGGGUAAGGUGCGGCUGCCCGCCCUGCACAUCGCCGCCCGCAAGGACGACACCAAGUCUGCCGCGCUGCUCCUCCAGAAUGACCACAAUGCAGACGUGCAGUCCAAGAUGAUGGUCAAUAGGACUACGGAGAGUGGAUUCACGCCACUUCAUAUUGCUGCCCACUAUGGAAACGUGAACGUGGCCACACUACUGCUAAAUCGUGGGGCGGCUGUGGACUUUACAGCUAGGAAUGGGAUCACGCCCCUCCACGUGGCCUCUAAGCGUGGCAACGCUAACAUGGURCGCCUCCUACUGGACAGGGGGUCUCAGAUCGACGCUAAGACUAGAGACGGCCUCACACCUCUACACUGCGCGGCCAGGAGUGGACAUGACCCUGCAGUGGAGCUACUGCUGGAGAGAGGAGCACCCAUGCUGGCCAGGACCAAGGUACACGGCCUGUCUCCUCUCCACAUGUCAGCUCAAGGCGACCAUGUUGAGUGUGUCAAGCACCUGCUGCAGCACAAGGCGCCUGUUGAUGAUGUCACACUGGACUACCUGACGGCGCUGCACGUCGCCGCCCACUGCGGUCACUACAGAGUCACCAAGCUGCUGCUGGACAAGAGGGCCAACCCCAACGCUCGAGCGCUGAAUGGCUUCACACCGCUUCACAUCGCCUGUAAGAAGAACCGAGUGAAGGUGAUGGAGCUGCUGGUCAAGUAUGGAGCUUUUAUCCAGGCCAUCACAGAGUCUGGCCUGACUCCCAUCCACGUAGCAGCCUUCAUGGGUCACCUCAACAUUGUCCUGCUGCUCCUACAGAACGGCGCCUCACCUGACGUCAGCAACAUUCGGGGGGAGACGGCUCUACACAUGGCAGCCAGGGCAGGACAGGUGGAGGUGGUGCGCUGYCUGCUGAGGAACGGCGCCCUGGUGGACGCCAGAGCCAGGGAGGACCAGACUCCCCUCCACAUCGCGUCUCGCCUGGGGAAGACUGAGAUAGUCCAGCUGCUGCUGCAGCAUAUGGCCCACCCGGACGCGUCCACAACUAACGGAUACACACCCUUACACAUCUCAGCCAGGGAGGGACAGGUGGACGUGGCUUCAGUGCUGCUGGAGGCAGGCGCCUCACACUCGCUGGCUACCAAGAAAGGAUUCACUCCCCUGCAUGUGGCGUCCAAGUACGGAAGCCUGGAUGUGACCAAACUUCUCCUGCAGAAAAGAGCCCCUCCCGAUUCUGCUGGGAAGAAUGGCCUCACGCCCCUCCAUGUCGCAGCGCAUUACGAUAACCAGAAGGUGGCGCUCCUGCUUUUGGACAAAGGGGCCUCCCCUCACGCCACGGCCAAGAACGGCUACACUCCCCUUCACAUUGCGGCGAAAAAGAACCAGAUGGACAUAGCGGUGGUGCUGCUGCAGUACGGGGCCGAGACCAACAUCCUGACCAAGCAGGGGGUCACCCCCCUACACCUGGCCUCACAGGAGGGACACGCUGACAUGGCCGCCCUGCUCAUGGAGAAGGGGACUCAAGUCAACGUCCCCACCAAGAGUGGCCUCACCUCCCUCCAUCUGGCUGCCCAGGAGGACAAGGUGGCUGUGGGUGAGAUACUGGCGAAACAUGGAGCCAGCCUGGACCAGCAAACUAAGUUGGGUUACACUCCUCUGAUCGUAGCCUGUCACUAUGGCAAUGCCAAGAUGGUCAACUUCCUCUUACAGAACGGUGCUAGUGUCAAUGCCAAAACCAAGAAUGGGUACACUCCCCUCCACCAAGCAGCACAGCAAGGAAACACACACAUCAUCAAUCUUCUGCUGCAGAGUGGAGCUAAGCCUAACAACAUCACUGUGAAUGGUAACACAGCUCUGGCCAUCGCCCGGCGACUUGGCUACAUCUCGGUGGUAGACACACUCAAGGUUGUCACCGAGGAGAUCAUUACCUCGACAACCACGGUGACAGAGAAACACAAGUUGAACGUCCCUGAGACUAUGACUGAAGUCCUAGAUGUCUCUGAUGAGGAGGGUGACGACACGAUGACAGGGGACGGAGGGGAGUACUUGAGGGCAGAGGACCUGAGGGAACUGGGAGAUGACUCCUUGCCUGGACAGUACAUGGAUGGGAUGAACUACCUGCGCUUCAGUCUGGAGGGGGGACGCUCUGACAGUCGAAUGCAAAGUUUGGACAGGUCCUACACUCCCAGUCACCACGGUUACUACUCUCCAAAACACGAAAGCAUGAUAGAGGAGAUGCUCACCAGCCACAACGUGUCGUCUCUUGCCAGGGAAAAUGAAAAGGACUCGUAUCGUCUGAGCUGGGGCACAGAAAAUCUGGACAAUGUGGCACUGUCCUCCAGCCCGAUCCACUCUGGCCAUUCCUCUCCGUGCCAUGAUCAUGGCGACAGCAGCUUCCUGGUUAGCUUCAUGGUGGACGCCAGGGGCGGAGCCAUGCGGGGUUGCCGUCACAACGGCCUGCGCAUCAUUAUCCCGCCGCGGAAGUGCAGCGCGCCCACGCGGGUGACCUGCCGGCUGGUGAAGAGGCACCGCCUGGCCACCAUGCCCCCCAUGGUGGAAGGAGAGGGCCUGGCCAGCAGGCUGAUCGAGGUGGGGCCCGUCGGAGCCCAGUUCCUCGGGCCUGUAGUGGUGGAGAUCCCUCACUUCGCUGCCCUGAGGGGGAAGGAGAGGGAGCUGGUGAUCAUGAGGAGUGAGACAGGAGAGAGCUGGAAGGAGCACCACUGUGAACACACCGAGGAGGAGCUCAACCAGAUCCUCAACGGCAUGGACGAGGAACUGGACCCUCCAGAGGAGCUGGAGAAGAAGCGUAUCUGCCGCAUCAUCACCAGGGACUUCCCCCAGUACUUUGCGGUGGUGUCCCGGGUCAAACAGGACAGUAACCUGAUCGGUCCAGAGGGGGGCAUCCUCAGCAGCACGGUGGUGCCUACGGUCCAGGCCGUCUUCCCAGAGGGAGCCCUCACCAAGAGGAUCAAAGUGGGACUACAGGCUCAGCCAAUGAACGUGGACGUGGUGAAGAAGCUCCUGGGGAACAAGGCUACGUUCAGCCCCAUCGUGACCCUGGAGCCCCGGAGGAGGAAGUUCCAUAAACCCAUAACCAUGACCAUCCCCAUCCCCAAGAGUAACACUGACCCUGUGGUCAAUGGCUUCGGCGGGGACCAGCCCACCCUGCGCCUGCUCUGUAGUAUCACAGGUGGAACGACGCCAGCCCAAUGGGAGGACAUUACAGGAACCACGCCCCUAACGUUCAUCAACGACUGUGUCUCCUUCACGACCAACGUGUCGGCCAGGUUCUGGCUGAUAGACUGUCGGCAGGCGCAGGAGUCAGUAAACUUCUCCACUUCGGUCUACAGGGAGAUCAUCUGCGUUCCUUACAUGGCCAAGUUCGUCAUCUUCGCCAAGACCCACGACCCCAUUGAAGCGCGGCUCCGCUGCUUCUGCAUGACUGACGACAAGAUGGACAAGACCCUCGAGCAACAGGAGAACUUCACAGAGGUGGCCAGGAGCAGAGACGUAGAGGUCCUGGAGGGCAAACCCAUCUAUGCAGACUGCUUUGGCAAUCUGGUCCCUCUCACCAAGAGUGGCCAGCACCAUCUCUUCAGCUUCUUUGCCUUCAAAGAGAACAGGCUGGCACUCUUCAUCAAGAUCCGAGACAACACUCAGGAUCCGUGUGGCCGUCUGUCCUUUAUGAAAGAGCCCAGGUCUUAUAGAAGUCUGGCCCACAACGCUAUAUGCAACCUGAACAUCACACUACCAUCCUACUCAAAGGAAUCUGAUUCAGACCAAGAGGCUGAGGAAGAGAUCAGCAGGAAGCUGGAGAAAUAUGAUGAAGACACUACGUCGACGGAGACUACGGUCCGGAAGAGAGAUUUGAUCCGAGAUUCUACGGCUCUGGCCAGUCCGGACCUCCUCUCCGAUGUGUCUGAGAUGAAACAAGACCUGAUCAAAAUGACCGCCAUCCUAACCACGGAUUCUACAGACAAAUCCAGUUCCAUGGAAGGGAGCGGUCUGGAAAAAGGGGCUGAUGAGGUUCAGGGCGAGCCGUUUGAAAUCAUGGAGAAGGUCAAAGAGGAUUUGGAGAAAGUGGGCAAGAUACUUAGGAGCGGAACUUAUGAGGGUGAGGAGGCAAAGGAGGCGGCAAAGGAGGCGGCAAGAGCAGCCAGAAUGAAUGAAGAGUGGGUCCUCCUCUCAGACUGUGAGAUAGAAGAGGCCAAACAUAUGGCUGCCUUAGAACCCCAGGAACCAAUACUACGUGAAGUCAGAGUCAACAGAGGGAUUCCCAGACCUAAAGCAAUCAAAGAUGUGUCUGGGAUGGUCAAACACCUGAGUGGUGAACUCAAAGAAUAUCUCAUGGAUGUACCUGUGGGCACCAGUACAACAGCCCAGGAGAAAGAGGUCCAAGAGAAAUUCACAGAGGUAGUCCUGCGCAAAGGCCCAAAAAGAACCAUGACAACAACAAAAACAACAACAACAACUACAACAACAAAGAAAGACAUCAAAACUCCUGCUUUCGACCUACAAAAGCCAGUCAGGAGGAAAGGAAAGGACCAGGAACAGGUGGAAGAAUCUACCGAUGGGGAUGUUCUCCUGAGCGCACCCAAAGACCCUAAACCAGUGUCACCUGUGUCCCCAGUAGUAGAGGAGACCCCCAUUGGAUCCAUAAAAGACAAAGUCAAAGCCCUUCAGCAGAAAGUGGAGGCUGAGCAAAAGGGCCAAAAGCCAACUAGCACCAAUCCUUCAAAUGUUGCUGUGGAGAGCAAAAUACCACAAAAGGCAAAAGGAACCAUCCCAAAACAGAGCCCCGCAAAACAGGGCACCGCUAAACAGGGUCCACUUAAGUCCCCCAAAACUGAGUCUGAGAAGCUGGAGGAGACAAUGUCAGUAAGGGAGCUCAUGCGAUCCUUCCAAAAGGGGCAGGACCCCUCAAAGAGAAAGUCUGGACUUUUCGAGCUCAAAACCGUCUCUUCAGAGCAUGAAACAACAGAAUCAGAAUCACAGCCCACUCAGUUCAAAUCCACCAUCAAAGCCACGUCAACCUGUUACGAACGGGAAGUGUCACUGGAUGCCAUACCUGGCAAGCACCACAGAGAGAGAGACAAGCAAAUUAACCCACCCCGAAAGCACUCCAAAGAUUUUGGUGCUGAAAUCAAGGCAGAGCUUGAGGACAAUCCAGAGUACCAACAGUUUAGGCAGAUCUCUGUAGAGGGUAGUCCUGCUGCCCAGUCAGACUUAACUGAAACCAUAGAGUUUCCGAAUUCUGCCCUCGAUGAUAGCUCUGAUAGUUUAAAACAUGAGGGCGUGGCAGACUCUCCCAGUGCCAGCCUGGGUGAUCUUAGUUCUCCUCACCUGAGCUCAGAGGAUAGCCUCAAACACCAGGGCUUAGCAACUCCUGGAACAAGCCCUGACAGUCUCUCUCUCUCUCCCAAAAAUGCUGACCAGUCCACUAAAAACUCAACAGCUGUUACUAUAGCUGUCGAAGAUGACAAGAAAAUUAAGGAUAAGUCUGGAGACUCCGGUGUUGGGACCAUUGAUGACCAGCCAUCAAAUGAAAUAACCCUCCCUGUCUCUUCCAGCAAGGCUGCAGACGACCACACCACAAGUGAGUCCAUAUCUUUUCAGACGGUCGAGUCUAAGUCCUCUAAACCGAGAAAGCUUACAAAGAGAGUUUCUGAGACUUUAGAGAGCUUCCUAAGUGAUGAGGAGAGCCCUGAUGACAAGCUAGCCUCAGCCUUAGCUGCAACCAUUGCUUCUAGUGCCUCUACCGAGCGUCAAGGAAGCUUAGAACUGCCUUUAAGACAGCAAGACUCGGACGCCCUCAGUCCCUUAGCCGACGACUCUUUGACCAUAAGCCACAGAGACUCUCUAGACGAAGGUAGUCCCCUCAUGGAAGACAACUCUUCCCAUAGGACCCCAGACUCUAUCGAGCCCAGCCCAACCAAGGAAUCCCCUUGUUGUGACUCCUUAGAGAGCAGCCCGGUAGAGCAAAAAAACUUCCCUCCCACUCAGCCCAGUGGGUCCUCUAGCCACCCAGAACCCUCCAAAGUCACAGACUACCCCACAGACGUGUUGCGUAGUAGGCUACUCAGGGACCAGGAGGCUAGUGCCAAUGAUGAUGACAGUAUCGAGCAGACAUUGUCUCAGAUGGAAAGCUCUGGUAAGAGUCCUCUCUCCCCCGACACCCCUAGUUCUGAAGAGGUAAGUUAUGAGGUAAACCCUAAAACCCCCGACCACAUGUUCCUAUCUGUGGUGUCCACACCAGCUGUCAUAAAAGAAGACUCAGAGGAAGAUGAUGAUGAGUCAGAAGCACAGAGGAAAUUCACUCCAGAGGAGGAGAUGUUUAAAAUGGCAGCCAAAAUAAAAACCUUUGAGGAAAUGGACCAGGACGCCAGAACCAAAGAGAACUCUCGAAAAUAUGUCAGUGCCUCAGCAGAUGACGAAGCAGGGGACGAUAGCUUCAAAACAGUUGAACUAGAGCCCACAAAUGAGACUGAGCUCACUGGGGCCAAAGAGACCUCAGAGUUAGCUCUUUCUGUUGAAUCCCUUAUUAAAGUACAACCUCCCUCUCCUUUUCCAGAAGGUGUGCAUGAAGGAGUCCACCACACAGAGGCCAAGAGUGUAGCUACAAUGGCAGCAGUGGAGGAAACUCAAUCUGUCUUAGAGCAACAUGUCUCACAAUCAGUUCCUUCACACAAAGACAUGGAUGACAAAGACAGUUUAGCUCAAAUGGCUACCAUGUCUUCGAGCUCUGAGGGUGCUGCAAAUAUUACCGACGAGCAGAAGGAGGAAAGCUUGAGGAACUCAAGGGGAAGCACGGAGGAUGAUGGGGGAGAGAAAGAGGCAGAUGCAGGCAGUCUGCAGACAUCUGCUGUAAAGGCUCCCUGCCAGGUAGAGAGUAAUAUAACUGAUGAAUUGAAAGGAGAUUACAGGGGGCACUCAGGAGCCCCUGAGGCAGAAACGUCCUCGACCAUCAUUAUCGGACCAGCAAGGGAAACGUUCAAACCUGAGAUCUGUAUCUAUGACGACACAGAGGAAGACGAUGAGGAAGAGGAACCUCCCAGAACCAAGUCGAAGGGCGUGACCGCCAGCGCGGAGGCAGACCCCUGGAGCGCCAUGCGUGAGGACGACGACGCUUUCGCGGCCCGCGUCAAAGAGGAAGAGCAGAAGAUCCUGGGUCUGAUGGUGGACCGGCAUUCCCAGGGGGAAACCCCAGACACCACCCCAGGAAGGAGCCCCACAGAGGAGAGCACUCCAACCAGCGAGCCCAAUCCUUUCCUCUUCCAAGAGGGGAAGCUCUUCGAGAUGACCCGGAGCGGAGCUAUUGACAUGACCAAACGGACCUAUGAGGACGAGGGCUUUGCCUUCUUCCAGAUAGGAGAGCAGCCUCUAGAGGAGGCGCUGUCUGAACAGGUCAGAGAAGAGCCAGGAGAUAGAGGAGCCCCAUUAGAAAGUGAAGUAGGUCUCAACCUGACUCUAGAAAUAAAAGUGGAGGAAGAUGAGAAACAAGCAAAAGAUGCUUCAGAGGACGAUCAGACAGGUAGCGGGGCUGUAGCAGCCUCCCCUUCUAAAUCAGACGCCUCUAAAUCUAGAAUCCCUAGAAUGGGUCUUUCUGCCUCAGCUAAGACCACUAAGAAAGACAAAGACUCAGUAUCCCCAGUAUCUCCUGAGGCUUUAGAAGAUAAACCAGAUACAAUUGUAGAGGAGACCCCCCUAGAGGUAGAAAAUAGUUAUUUAGACCCAAUGAUAGCUAAUGUUGAGACAGCAGUAACAACUGUCACUCGAUCGGUGUACUCUGAACAGGACCAAGAGUCCUCUGACUCCUCUCCCGAGGAGCAGCAUUCGGUUAUAGAACUCCCCAAAACCAUGGAAAAGACCAAAACCCCAACUUCUAGUGAAAAAGUGAAAAGGAUCCAAACUAAAACCCCAGCUAUGGCUCCAGCCAAGGCUGGCCCCAAAAGUCGAGCUAAAAAUUCUUCCUCCUCUACAUCCCCCUAUUCAGCUACUCCUAAAAAAGAGACCCCCUCUGUAGAGUCAAAAUCAAGAAUACCUGUCAAAGGCAAGGCUAACCCUGUCAAGCCUGAGCCAUCAGUUAAACAUACUGAGUCUUCCCAGGACACAAAGCUAAAGUUCCCAGUAAAAAAGGACUUGAGGAGAAAGUCUGAGACAGAUGCAGGUUUCUCUGCAGUUCCCAAAACCAAGACUUCGUCUUCCAAAGCCAAGAGCUUCUGUGAGGGAGACAAGACAUCUGCUAAAAAGGGCCAGGUUCGUCCCAUGAGCGCUGAUUACUCCACCAAGCCUAAGUCAUGCUUCGGCUUCCAAUCCAGGCUGCCAGUUAGAGGCAAGCUUGGUCAACCAUCCCAGACUUCCACCCCCGCCAAAAAGAAAAGCGAGCCACGCAAGAAGUCCAUAGAGUUUGUUAAUGAGAUUAGUGACGAAGCGGCAAAGCUGGUUGAGAGAUUGGCUCAGGCCGAGAAAGACAAAGAGCAUGAGGCUGCCACCGCUGCCAUCUCGGAUGACGAGAGCAGCGGCAUAGACCCCUCCGUCAUAGAGAGAGAGACUUUUCCCGAAAUGCACUUCCCUACUUCCGGAGAUGUCUAUCCCAUUAGACCCCUGUGGGACGACCCUGUUGACACGCAGAUGCAACGAAUUCCCAACGAUACAAUCAGAAGACAAGUAGAUCCCCAGGAUGAAGCCGAGAGGAAAGAGGAACGGUUGGAAAUAAUAGGCGACCACCUGGGCUUCAGUUGGACGGAGCUGGCUCGAGAGCUGGAGUUCAGCGAGGAAAGGAUCAAUCUAAUAAGGAUUGAGAACCCCGACUCGCUACAGGACCAAAGCCAUGCCCUGCUGAAGCUCUGGACUGACAGGGAUGGCAAACAUGCCACAGAAACUACAUUGAUCAAACGACUCACCAAGAUCAACAGGAUGGACAUUGUUCACCUCAUCGAAACCAAGAUAAUCAAGUCCACCCAGGAGGACGCAUCAUCCCACACCUAUGCAGAGAUUGAGAGGACCAUUGCACUGGAUCACAGUGAAGGUUUUUCUGCCCUCCAUGAGGACAUAGACAGUCCACGGCCAGGCAGGCGUUCAGACGGCACCCCCAGUGGGCCAGGGUCCAGGCAGGGGCCCUUCAUGGUGUCAGAGGAGGACCUCUCCUCCAGCAUGUCAUCACUGCACGAGACGUCAGGGCGGGUGGAGACAGACACAUCAGUAACAGGCCUCCUGAGACACGCCCAGAAGGAGAAGCUGCAGAAAGAGUGCGAGACGACACAUUCUGUGGGCGGUACAUCACAGAGUGGAUCAGAGAAGGCUGAGUCACUACACAUGGGCACUUUUAAACAAGCUCCGUCUCAAACAGCCAAGGAAAUACAGUUGAAGACCAGUUAUGGGAAAAUGCAAAGCAAAUUAGAGUCUACCUUGGUAACGGAAAGUACUUUACAUGAGCAAAAGGCAGUAUUAGACUUGAGUCAAGAAACAAGCAUAUCAGGUCUGGUAUCACCUAAGCAGACAAAGAGAGCCACAGGCUACGGACCUCUGAUAUCAACCCCAUUGCAGAUCAGUGAACAAUACCCUUUCACUACCCAUAGAGCAGUGACACCUAAACUAAAAGUACUUGACUCUGCCACUCAGGAAUUCUCAGACUGGAGUGAAUUUACACGAGAGGAAUUCGAGGAGACUCAUUUGGGUGAGUUAUUUUCGCCGAUGUCGAGCCAAUUCCUGGUGCCACCAGAUUACGAGGCCGUGUUUUCCGGACGCCACCCUCUGAGAGUCUCCGAGUGUAGCCAGUUGUCCCCCACUGAUAUGAGUCCAGUUUCUCCUGUCUUCAGCGACCCUCUGUCAGAUAAGGGUCAGGUGACAACCACCACCCUGAUGGGUCCUGAGUUCGCUUCCAAGUCUGCUACACCUGGAUCUGCAGAAGCCUUUGAAUUCUCGCCAGACUUUAAGCGAGUGAUCGGCGAAUUUGAGAAAACACUCUCUUCAUUUGGGCCAGUUGUCCAAUCAGAUUCCGCCCAAGAAAAUUCGGACCUGGAGUUCUUUGACUGCAAAGAUGAUUUCUCAGACUUCUCAGAGGCAGAGGAUCUGGAGCCAGAGGAUCCUGAGGUCCUCUACCACAUCGAGGAGCCUCCAUCCCCAACCCCCUUCGGAAGCACUCUGGAAACGGGCUUCCUCAAAGGAAGCCGUGUAUGCAGUGCACAGUUCCUACGGGUGGAUGACCAAAAUCGCUUCUCUUUGGGUAGUGAAAGUCUUGGGGACUAUGGCAUUUAUGACGGACCAGAAAGUGAAAGUGAAACUGUACCCACGUGUGAGGAGCUACCCUCCAGGUCGCAGGCAGGGUACGAUGACGAUGAGUAUUCUCUGGAACGGGAGAUAAAUGAGGAGCUAGGGUUGCUGUCAUCGGAUAGCUCAGAGGAGGAAGUGUUGACCACCAGGGUGGUCCGACGCAGAGUUAUCAUCCAGGCGGACGAUCUGCCAGACAUCCCUCCGCAAACAGUGACAGAGGAACAGUACAUGGAUGAGCAUGGAAACAUGGUAGUCAAGAAGAUCACGCGGAAGGUGAUCCGUAAGUACUUCUCUCCAGACGGCGUGGAGAGAGAGGAGGUGACGGUGGAGGGAUCUCACCAGGAGAUGGUCAGUGUGGAGGAAGGAGACGUCUUCUCCAAGGUAGUGAAGAGGACAGUGGUCCGGAGCCAGGGAGAUCAGACUGAGUUGACCUUCUCGGAGCCCUUGGCCCUGGGGGCCACCACGGCCUCAGACUUCGAGUCCGAGCAGGUGCAGGGCCGAAAGGUCAGCAAGGUGGUCAAGACGACGGUGGUGAGGGGCGAGAGGAUGGAGAAGCAGACGGGUGACUCAACGCUGGCCGCAGACCUCCCCUCGGCCAAGGAGGACUUUGAGAAGGCGUUGAGUUAUGCUGGAGGCUUUGGAAAAAUCCAACUUCCUCAUUUAGUAGAGAAAGAGGUUGUGAAGGACGACGGUUCUGUGAUCAAAAGAACCCAGAUGCGUAAGUCUCGCACCCAGAAGAGGACUGUGGUGAAGGACGCCCAGGGUAAGCAUGUGCACCUGGAGCGGCUGGACGACACCCCAGAGACCCUGCAACCCGAUGCCCUUCAGCAACACCUGCACCUGCUGCUCCAACGCUAUUGUGCCAAGGAGGAGGAGGAAGGAGAGGAAGAGGAGGAGGAGAGAAAGAAGAAGUGAUGGGCAGAUUUGAUUUACUGGCUGUGUUGGUCUUCCCUUUUGGCCCUGCCCCCCAUGCUACAUAAGCCCCCUAUCCACAAAAAGCCUAUGAAGUCUUGUAAGCUCACCCCUGAUCGUUACCUUCCACACAGACACCUCCCGCUAAAGACACUGGAUUGCGUUUUUGUUUUGCUUGUUGUUUUUCCAUUUUGUGGCAAAUAAUGGAACACUUUUUGUUUUUGUUAUUUGUGCUUUCACUUUUUUUCUUUUUUUUUUCUUUGGACUUUUCCUGUUUUAUUUGCGCAUUUUGUGACCAAAGAUAGUUCCCCCUUUCUCGUCGGGUUACUUAGAAUAAUAUUUGGUCGUUAUCCUUUUUUUGGGGGGGGUUUCUUCUAGUUUUUGGCUGCUGUGGUACAAUAAACAACAACACAAACAAAAUGCAACAAAAGGAAAACAAAAACGGAAAACGAAUAAAGAGGGGGCACCUCUGACAUUCGCCUCAUGCACAGGCAUCUUCCUAAAGGAACGAUUGUAAACAUUUGUAAAUAAAGGAGAAGAAACAUGCUCGGACCGGGAGAAAACGAAACGAACAGUAAUUCAAAAGCAUUUAUUACAUUUUCCCCACGGUACAUGCUGUACACGUACUUGCACCAAUUAAAAUCGCUCUUCUGUUCUGAGGUGAAGGGUCAUAACAAAGUUGACCCUUUUCGCCCCACUAGGAGUCACUUGUCACAAAGAGUUUUGGAAAGAUACUGUAAAAAGGGAGGAAAUUCCAUACUCUUUCAUCAAGGACAAAUAUGUGAUCUGAACCAACAUUUUACUGAAGCAAAUCACCCUCAUAUAACCCUGCACUACAGUUCUGUAGUGCUGCGCGAUUAAACGAAAUGUUGGUUAUUUUUUGUUUUUUAAACAACUAUUUGACUGUCGGUUCAAUUAUUUGAAUUCCAUUUAGUUUGGGUUUUGUCUGAGCUGUGUGCACAUUGCGCUGUCAUUUCUCUUGCAAUAAAUCAUAUGCCUGAACUGUG